AUGCCAAUUACCCAGGCGUCGGAGACGAUCUUCUCUCGGAAGAGGGGGAGGUCGAAGGAUAGGCGUUCUGAGAAAUCUCAGAAUAGGUCUUGCGGCGAGGAUUUAUCUCUGGCCACUGUUGAAGGGUCAGGAACGGCUGUUGAUGAGGCUGAGCAGAAGGAGGAGGAAGAAGCCAUUCCUGGGAUUUACGGUUUCGGCUAUUCGUUCAAGGACGUAAGGGCUUGUACCGACCUUUUUUCUCUCAUUCAACCAAGCGACCGUCUUAAGCUUCCCAAAGUGAACCACUUGGUGCAGAGAGAUGCUUACAUUAACUGGUCUGGCUCUCUUAUGCAGGCGGUUUGCUCCACCAAUCACCUCGUGACGCUCUAUGAGCGUAAGAUGAACAAGUCAUUUGACAGGGUCCUUAAGUUACAGGGUCAGGUUGACUCGAUGAAGAGCGCGUCUGAUGAGCUGAAUUCUAAGGCGGAGCAGACUAUGCUGAGGAAUCGGGAGCUUGAGGAGAAGAUUGUCGCUGUUGAAACAGAGAAGGAGUCGUUGAAGGCUUGGGCUGAUAAGGAGAUAGCGCAGCUCAAAGAAGCGACCGCUCUUGCUGUAGUGGAGGUUGUUGCAGCCUGUCGCGUUAGGAAUCAAGCACGUCUAGGUAAGCUUAAGCGGUACUGCCAGGAUAUGGAGGAGGUCAAUCGCCUCUCCUCCUUGGCCAAUCAGUCGGGAGGAAUAAAGGCCUAUCAAGGAGGUCGGAGGUCAGAUCUUGAUGGCGAGCUGUAA